AAUUACAAUUAAGUUUAUAGAGAAGCAAUCUCAGAAUUUCACUUUCCGUGUAGAGAGGAGAUACCAAUUCAGAAUUGGCUUCAAAGUUUGAAUUUUUAACGCACCAGAAAACCAGAGGUUCAGAAUUGAGGACUCAGAAAUUAGGAUUCACGAUGGGUCAAAUUGAAAGCGCAGAAGCUGCGGCGGAGACUCAAACCACCAUCAUCACCACCGACACCUCCAAACCAACUUCCUUGGAAUCCGCGCUCGCAGAAGCUGCAGAAUAUGGAAGUCAACAUACUGAGUCCAUCGAGGCAAUGGCUCAGAAAGCUCUCGAAUGCCCCUGCAUUGCUGAUUUGCGAACUGGUUCCUGUGGCUCUCAGUUCUCAGAGGCAUUUCUGUGUUUUCUCAAGAGUACCUCUGAAGAAAAGGGCUCAGACUGCGUACACCCGUUCAUUGCUCUGCAGAGCUGCAUCAAGGCCAAUCCAGAUGCAUUCUCUAAGGACAUUUUAGGCGAAGAAGAAAGCAAUGAGUUGGGGCCAGUCCUAGAAUAUGAAAUACUUCCUCCCAGAUGGGCUAAGGAAUCUGAAAGACCAAAAUCCAAUCUUUAAGGGAAAAGUUGGACUCUCGUUCGGCAACUUCUUGGAGAAGGUUGUGUUAGAUUAAUAAUGAAUUUGUAUUAGUGUUGCCUGCUUAGAAAAGUGACAUGAUGUAUCUCUUCCACAAAAUGCUUCAUCUCGUGCAAUGGCUUUAUACCACAAAAUAUAAUUUAUUUUCUAUAUA